ACAUCUAGUAAUGCGACAUCUUAAAGAAAUUUGUCAAAGAUAAGUUUAUAUCUUGUUAAGCGAUUGAAGUUCAACCUAAUAAUAUUUCAUAGUCCAUAAUUUUAUUCUGAAUCCUACCAACAACAGAUUACGUACAAUCCAUACCUAGCCUGUACUUAGUAUGUACUCACUUUAGCUAAACACGUAUUGUUUUCACUAGCAAUUUCAUUCAAAUUUUAGCGCCACACUCAUGUCAACAAACGCACUUCUUUUAAGUCAACUAUUGGACGCAAUGUUUUCUUUACUCUUCGUGACGGAGUCAGCAAACAAAUAGAGCCCUGCGCUGAGUUAAGCGUCAGUUGCGAAGUAUCACUGGACUUACUGUGCAGAUUGGAUGCAUGUGUGUAUGCGUAUAGUAGUUAUCCAUAGUUGUGGUGCUUUGAUUCAUUAGACGUUCAAGUAGUGUGCGCGAUGGCGGACGGGGUGCUUACGACGCUGAAGAUUCUGUUGAUUGGCGAAACGAGCACUGGAAAAAGUUGCCUGCUGCUCCGUUUCUAUGAGAACGUAUUCGAUGAGUUCCUCAGCUCAACAAUUGGUUUCGAUCAUAAAUCGAAAACGAUAACGGUUUGCAACCAGUCGGUCAAACUCAGUCUCUGGGACACUGCCGGUUCUGAGCGAUUUCGCACCCUCACUGCAAGUUAUUACCGUGACGCCCACGGAGCUGUUUUAGUUUAUGAUAUAACGAACCGAGAGUCAUUCGAGAAACUGAAUUUAUGGCAGAAGGAGUUGGACAUGUACACGACGCAUGGAAAUAUUGUUCGGAUGCUGGUCGGUAAUAAAGUCGACAAGGAAUCAGAGCGAAAAGUCACGAAAGAGGAGGGAAUCCAAUAUGCUCGAAGACACCAGAUGCUAUUCGUAGAAACGUCAGCACGAACAUCCGAGAACGUUGUUGAUUGUUUUGAAGAACUCGUCGCAAAGAUUCUGCAGACCCCUGAUCUUUGGGAACGUCGAAAGGAUAGCAUCCGAUUAAAAACAUCCAAUGAAAGUAGUGCGUUUAGCUAUUGCAGUUACUGUUGAUAUUAACUUUCGGCGUACUGGAAUUGAGAAGCAGCAACCAUGUGAAGUAAACCGUAAUGCACGAGAAAAUUAGACAGCUUAAAAAGAGCUCACAUGUGGGCAUUUUACAACAGUAGCACCAUGUAAAUACAUAGAAGAUAAAAUAAGAUUU